CAUGAACGAUUCGUUCAUUUUGAACGAAUCUUUAAUAUGACUCGGGACUACCGAGUUGUCUCAGAGAGUGAUUCGUUCAUUUUGUGUUGACCGCGCAUGCGCGCAACAUCGCAUAAGGUACAUGAAGUCAUAAAUGAUUAGUUCAUCUUUCGCGAGUCUUCGGGUUCGGCCGGGUCCGAGUCUUUCGUUCUUCCUGUCAGUCCCAUAGAGACUAUGCUGCUGUCAGUACCGGAAAGAGAAAUGAUUAGUUCGUCUGGUUCGGUUUCGGCCGGGUGCGAGUCUUUCGUUCUUCCUGUCAGUCCCAUAGAGACUAUGCUGUCAGUACCGGAAAGAGAAAUGAUUAGUUCGUCUCUUCGGUUUCGAGUCGUUCGUUCUUCAAGUCAGACUCACAAACCCAUAGCACUAUGCAUUUUGCAUAUUGUGAUUUAAGUUAUAUGGUUAUGCUCUGUGGCUUUAUAGUGUCCUUUUCAUUCUUAUUUAUUUUUUAUUUAUUUUUAUUUAAUUCCUUUUUGGAUAGUUAUCCAAUUUUUUUUAAAGCAUUGUUGGCAAAAAAUAAACAAACAAUAAACAUCCAGUCAAUAUAGUGUGUACAGUGUUGUAAUAAGCUAUGUUACAAAGGUGUAGGUUUCAUAGGUUUAUUAAAUAACUGCAUAUUUAAGUUAUAUACUGUGACUUUUCACAAAACAACUCGUAGACUUUUUAGGUGAUUUUUUAUGGACUAAAAAACAUAGUGAAUGGAAAAAUGCAUGAAUACUACAUUCUACAUUACUACAUUCAAUGUUAUAGAAAAGAAUCUUCAUGACAGAAAUUCACAAAUACAUAUGAAAAAAGAUACAAUUUGAGACCAGAAACGUAACAUGUAACUGUAAAAGUAAAAAUCAAAUAAAAAACUAACUACAACAUGUUUGUAAGAAUGAUGUGAAUUAUGAACUAGGUUAAGUAUUUAAUAGGGCUGUCACGUGACAAAAGAACGAAGGACUCAGACUCGAAAGAUGAACUAAUCAUUUCUGUCUCUGCAUAGUGCUAUGGGUUUGUGAGUCUGACUUGAAGAACGAACGACUCGAACCGAAGAGACGAACUAAUCAUUUCUCUUUCCGGUACUGACAGCAUAGUCUCUAUGGGACUGACGGGAAGAACGAAAGACUCGGACCCGGCCGAACCCAAACCCGAAGACUCGAGAGUCGAGACUUGAACUAAUCAUUUAUCUUUCCGGAUCCGGACCGGUAUGCUGCAUGUGCAUGCAGUCAGUGAGUGCAUUGGCUGCUGUGUCACACCACACGGCCCACACACAGACACUGACGAGUCGACAUCGACAACUAAGUAUUUUUAACGUUUUGAAGUUCGAACCCGAUGACACAAGAGGCGGAGAAAAAGGAGGUCGCUUUACCGCAGAUAACCUAAACAAGGCCAAGAAUCUGUGCAGCAAGGCCAUUGGCGAAAAAAUGAAGAAGAAAGAGCCUGUUGGUGAUGAUGAGACUCUUCCAGAAGAGGCACAGAACUUGGAAGACCUCACUACAGAAACGUUAUCAUCCCUCACGGUGACUCAGAUCAAGAGGGUGCGGUUACUGGUGGAUGAGGCAGUACAGAAGACAGACAGUGAUCGGCUUAAGCUUGAGGGUGAGCGCUUUGAGUACUUGAGAGAGAUCGGCAACCUCCUGCACCCCUCUGUGCCCAUUAGCAAUGAUGAGGAUGUAGAUAAUAAGGUGGAGCGCACAUGGGGCGACUGCUCUGUGCAGAAGAAGUACUCCCACGUGGACCUGGUUGUCAUGGUGGAUGGAUACGAAGGAGAAAAAGGAGCCGUUGUGGCUGGUAGCAGAGGAUACUUUCUUAAGGGGCCUCUAGUUUUCCUGGAGCAGGCCUUAAUAAACUACGCACUGCGGAUCCUGUACAGCAAGAACUACAAUCUCCUCUACACACCCUUUUUCAUGAGGAAAGAAGUUAUGCAGGAGGUUGCUCAGCUGAGCCAGUUUGACGAGGAGCUCUACAAGGUAAUUGGGAAAGGAAGCGAGACGUCAGACGACAAUACAGUGGACGAGAAGUAUUUAAUCGCCACAUCAGAGCAGCCAAUCGCUGCCUUCCUGAGAGAUGAGUGGCUGAAACCAGAGGACCUCCCCAUACGCUACGCCGGCCUCUCCACCUGCUUCAGACAGGAAGUGGGCUCUCAUGGCAGAGACACACGUGGGAUCUUCAGGGUCCAUCAGUUUGAGAAGAUUGAGCAGUUUGUGUACGCCUCGCCUCAUGACAACAAAUCGUGGGAGAUGUUUGAUGAAAUGAUCGGAACUGCUGAAGAGUUUUAUCAGUCGUUAGGAAUUCCCUACCGCAUCGUCAACAUUGUGUCAGGUGCUUUGAACUAUGCUGCCAGUAAAAAGCUGGAUUUGGAGGCUUGGUUCCCAGGCUCCCAGGCCUUUAGAGAGCUUGUGUCCUGUUCAAACUGCACUGACUACCAGGCUCGCCGCCUGCGUAUUCGCUACGGCCAGACAAAGAAGAUGAUGGAUAAGGCUGAGUUCGUGCACAUGCUAAAUGCCACCAUGUGCGCAACCACUCGUGUUAUCUGUGCGAUCUUGGAAAACUUCCAGACAGAGGAAGGCAUCAUAGUUCCAGAACCCCUCAGAGCAUUCAUGCCUCCAGGUUUAACAGAAAUGAUCAAGUUUGUAAAACCUGCCCCCAUUGACCAGGAGGCAACCAAGAAGCAAAAGAAACAGCAGGAAGGAGGCAAGAAGAAGAGACAGAAUGGCAGCUAUGCUGAUAUAGAGAAUGAAGUGGAUAACAUGUCCGUCAAUGACUCUUAGCCACACCCCUAUACAGUCAAAACCAAUCAUAAUGGUUCUUAAUAUUUCCACCCGCCCAUUCACUGUCAUUGUUUUCUGUCUAGAUUCAUAAAUUAUUUUCUUGCAGAGGGAAAAUUUAAAUCUUCAAUUCAAAAUGCAUGGUGGUUUGACAGACAUUUAGCCAAUAAAUGGAAAUUACAGAGCCUUUGAAAGCAUUUCUAAGUCAUUGGUGUACUAAGAUACAUUUAAAUUCAAAACUGUAUGUGGCAGCGGGGGCGUGGUCAAGCGCCCGUCCGGGAGAGGAAAGCGGUAAGGGCGCUUACACCUGAGCUAAAUUAUGCCUAACACCUGUCUCUAAUUCCAGUGAGCACGAGGAGAGCGGCAUAAAAGCAGACACAGAGCCUCCAGUCAGAGAGAGACGACAAGCAAACUCAAUGUUUGGCAUUAUAUUGUGGGUGUGUUAGAAAUACUGUAAAACCAAAGAGAAUUAAAAGCUUACCUUGUGCUGAAGACCUGUUUCCUGUCCUCCUUCCUGUGAGAAGUUUUACACUGUAAUAAACAUGCUUUAUUAUAUACAGUACUUCGAUAUACUGCAUCAGUGCCACAUUAGAGGAGGGUAUUUCAUUUUAUUUUGAAUGGAAAUUGAUUUUGCAUAAUGAGAAGACCUCUUUCUUUCAAUAUUCUGUUUUAGAAAUGAAAUCUGUGCUGUAAAUAUGUAAAAUGGGAUUGUAAAUGUUAAAGUUAUUAAUUGUUGAUUACUGAGCACUUACCAUUCACAUUGCCACAAACCCUCAAAGUGAUAAAGGAUGAGCUGUUAUAAAUGCAUCUGUCAUUCAUCUCUGUCUCUAUCUUCAUAGACAAAACAUUUCUUGUGAUUUGUCUUUAAAACAGGAAAUGUGAUUAUGUACUGUACUUGCUUAACAUGCCUGGUUUGAGGUGUCAGAAUGAUGUCCUAUGGUAAUGAAUAAAAAUGG